AUGGCAGACUCCGCUACAACAGCACCGCCGCCAGCCGCUCCCACACCGAAGAAGGCGAAGGCCGCGGCCGCCAGCAAGAAGCCCCGCGUCAAGCCUGCUCACCCUCCGACGUCGGACAUGGUGAACGCGGCCAUCAAGAACCUGAAAGAGCGCGGCGGUUCGUCGCUGUAGGCCAUCAAAAAGUACAUCGCGGCCAACUACAAGGUUGACGCCGAGAAGCUGGCCCCUUUCAUCAGGAAGUACCUCAAGUCGGCCGUAGCGUCCGGCGCUCUCACCCAGCCGAAAGGCAAGGGCGCCACCGGCUCGUUCAAACUGUCGGUGAAAUCCUCCGGAGAAGGAGCCAAGUCCGCCGGCAGCGAGACGGUCAAGAAGGCCGCCAAGAAAGCACCGGCCAAGCCGAAAGGCGGCGAGAAGAAGCCGAAGGCGGCCAAAAAGCCUGCCGCAGCCAAGAAACCGGCCGCCGCCGCGACCAAGAAGGCCGCUAAGCCCAAGACUCCCAGCAAGGCUAAGAAGGUCGCCAAACCGCCGACCAAAAAGCUCAAGUCACCCAAACCGAAGAAAAAGGCACUGACUGUGCUGUUAGAGAGCGCUCUGCACAUCCUCUUCAGAGUGGCAAGAGAGGAGCUAUUGCCUCCUGCUGCUCUCUUAUCAUGGGUGGUCACAGACAGUUUCCAGGGUUUUCCUGCUCUGCUGGAUAGCUGUCCUCCAUGA